CCCCCCCCACCCAAAGGCUUCUGCGCAUUAACGAAAAUGGACGACUCCGAGAAAUUGACGGCUCUUAAGAAGGCCUAUGCGGAGAUAAUCCUCAACACGGCGAAAGAGGCGGCGGCACGUAUUAUGCUAUCGGAGAAGAAAGCGCUUCGGUUUCAGCAGGAACUCUUCUCGACGAAAGAGGAGGCGCUUCGGAUGCUUUUGAGGCUAAAAGAGAUGUUGGAUUCUAAGGUUACUGAAGCAGAGGCGACAUCCUUAAGUCAACAGAAGAAAAUUGAAGAGCUUGAAGCACAGCUCCAGGAAGCUGAGGAUAUAGUAAGAGACCUUAGAGAAGAGUUGAGAGAAGUUCAGGAUAAACUGGAGGAGGUGACAAAUGACCAAUUGCAGCCUUUGGAUGAACAUAAUUUAGCUGGUGAUACUGUUAUUCAUGAAGAAAUAUCACAAGAGAAUGGACUCAUGGCUUCUAAGUCUAUAUUUUCUCUACCUCAUUCACAACCCGAGCCACUCACAGCAUCUGACGUGAAGAAUUUUCUUACGAGCCGGGCACAUGCAGGCAAUAAGUGCUAUGGUGAAAAUGAUCCGCAUAUGGAUAAUUGUUAUCUUCCUAAUCCUUAUUUUGCCUCCAUAGUAAUGAGGAGCAAAGAACCUGAGCUGUACAGAAAUGGAUGCACCCAGCGAAUUCGUGCGUUCGAAAAGUACCUUUUGGAUGGAAAGCUGUCUUUUACUGGAAAAGUAGAUGAUGUAAAGAAUGAAGUGUUUGCCAAAGGAGGUGAAGAAGGUAAAGGGGUGUAUAAGACGGCAAUUCAAAAGCAUGAUGAUAUACUUGGAGUAGAAGAGAAGAACCAAGAUGAACUUAAAGUGAUGAACAUGGAUAGUAGUCAGAUCCAAGUGCAGGCUGUUAAGUCCAUUUGUAGAAAAAGAAGAAAAAGAGCCACAAAAUUCAAGAAAAGUAAAGCUCGCUCAUGUAAACAAGUUAAUGGGAUGUGUGUGAUACCUACUCAUGAGGCUGAGAAUAUGCUUGGAGUAGAGGAGAAGAACCUAGAUGAAGUGAAAAUGAUGCAGCCAAAUGUAGGUGAUAUCCAUUUGCAGGUUGUUAAGUCCUUUUGCAGGAAAAGGAAACGAGCUGCUAGAUACACUAAAAGUAAAGAUCCCUCAUGUAGCUCCCUUACUGAUCAGUUCAUAGAAAUGCAUCAAAUCUCUGAUCUUUGUAACUCCAAAACUUCCCCAAGUUUGGUAGAAAACUCUUCUAAGAUAGUUGAGAAUGAAGGUCAAACAGAUCCAGUAUCAGCUGAGGGUAUGAUGCCACACUCAGAUUUAACUGGUAUGGAAUUACGAUCUGUUGAUUUAACUGAAAAUGAUGUGGAGUUUGUCAAGGUUUGUGGUACUCAAAACACAAUGAACAAUGGUACAGAUUUGAUAAAUAAAUCAGAUAUGACAAGACAGGAAAGUUUAUCUGCAGGGAAUUCUGAGGUUCAGGGAUGCAGAACAGAUGCUGAGACAUUUGAUAAGUCCUUACUUAACUCAAGUCUGAAAGCAUCAGAUUCAAAUGAUGUGGUUAGUCAAACUGUAACUAACAGGUUUCUCAAGUACACAUUCAUGAGAAAGCGCAAGAAGGAAUCUUUAUGCAGCCCAGAUGGCAAUUCAUCUCUUGACAAUGAGAGAAAGACAGUGGAGAAACGGAAUGGUUCUCCGGAACCACAGAAUUCUAGCUUGACAACAGAAUCAUCUCGAGACAGUCGACGACUGGCACAGGUUGCUCGUCAGCUUAUAUCUUUGUCUGAGAAGAAGUGGUGGAAGUAGAUCUGGGUAUCCCUCACAUACCAUCAACUUGGAGUGGAAAUCGAAUCUUGGCUGCACUGAAAUUUUGGAGAGCUGUGUUGUUAUCAAAAGGUCAGACAAACAGUCAGUCGCUUUAUCAAGGAAGAGCUAUAGACCCCGAAAUAAUGCAUGAGCAUCACAUAUCCAUUAUUAGUAUUGCUGCAUCUCUCUGAUGUCUCUCUUUUGCAUAGUAUCAAAAGUUAAAAAUAGCUUAUAUUGUAAUUGGCCUUGUUGUCCAGCUUGGGCCAAUUCUAUUUAAAAGACUCCUUUGCAAUUUUUACCCUAACAAGGUUCUUUAUGUUAUUGAUAUC